UGGCGGCCGAGCGAUCGGGAGGCCGCCGGAGUCGGGCAAGUAGGGCCGCUGGGCGCACGGGGCGGGCGGCGAGCGGAGCCGGCCGAAGCGGGCCGUGCAGCGGCCGCCGCCGUCCCGGAGCGCGGGGGCGGUGCGGGCAGGCAGGAGGAUGGAGCUGAAUUCCCUGCUGAUCCUGCUGGAGGCGGCCGAGUACCUGGAGCGCAGGGACCGAGAGGCCGAGCACGGCUACGCGUCGGUGCUGCCCUUCGACGGCGACUUCGCCAGGAAGAAAACAAAGGCUGCCGGCCUGGUGCGCAAGGCCCCGAACAACAGGUCUUCACACAAUGAGCUAGAGAAGCACAGACGAGCCAAACUCAGGCUGUACCUGGAACAGCUCAAGCAGCUGGUGCCCCCGGGCCCUGACAGCGCCCGCCACACCACCCUGAGCCUGCUGAAGCGUGCCAGGAUGCACAUCAAGAAACUAGAGGAGCAGGACCGCCGGGCUCUGAGCAUCAAGGAGCAGCUGCAGCGGGAACACCGCUUCCUGAAGCGGCGCCUGGAGCAGCUGUCGGUGCAGAGCCUGGAGCGAGUGCGCACGGACAGCACGGGCUCCGCGGUCUCCACCGAUGACUCAGAGCAAGAAGUGGAUGUAGAGGGCAUGGAGUUUGGCCCCGGCGAGCUGGACAGUGUUGGUAGCAGCAGUGACGUGGAUGACCACUACAGCCUGCAGAGUGGUGGCUGCAGCGACAGUGGCUAUGGGCCACCCUGCCGGCGGCCUGGCCACCCUGGCCUCUUGUAGGCCCGGCGCCCUCUGCUCCUUGGCCUACCUGCCUGCCUGGCCAAGUAUGUUGACCCUCCAGUCCUCGCACGCCUCUCCACGGGCCCGCUGCUGUGCCGCCCGAGCCUCCCAGCUGGGCAGGGACCCCUGCAGGGAGGUGGGGCCCAGCUCCCUCGCCCGGAGCCCAGCAUAGCCGCCCACCGUCUGUUCUCAGAUUCCUAAUCAUUCCAGAAGUAUUAAAUAUCAUUGCUGCAAAUCUCGGCGGGCGCCGUGUGAGGGGCUUAAUGACCGCUGCGGGAGCUCAGACCCCACCCCCGGAUCCCAGGAGAAAGGAACGGACCAAGGAAGGAAGGCAUGGCUCUCCGCCCAUCCGUCUGUCCAUCUGUCUGUCGGUCCACGUAGGCUCCUGAGGCAUGGACAGAGGGACCCGUGAAGGGCGGGACUCGGGUGAGCAGCCUGGGGCAGGGGGGUGGAGUGGGCCUUUGCAUCCUGCAGUUGUCAGGAGCCAGGGCUGGGCUUCUGGGGGCAGGCCAGGCCACCCCACACACAGCUGGGCAGCUUCUGCUCUGGGCAGCUUCUGCUCUCAGAUGUACACAUGCACACGUCUAGACACGCUUGCCCGCACACACAUGCACACAUGCAGAUACACAUGGUUGCUGGACCCAGAGGCGGCUGGCCUUCAGGGGUCACCUGGGCAAAUGCUGACCCCGACCUGUGCCUGGCUUCCCCUCCCAACUCCAGCUCACCCGCCCAGUCUGCACAGGGAAGGGGGCUUCUCCUCCCAGCAGGGGCUGAGGUAUGUUGGGGGCCAGCAAAUUGAAGCCACUGGGUCCUUGGGCUUUCUCUUCUCCCUUUAAAUAAAAAAAUAGCCAAAAAAAAAAAAAUGGCUGCACUGCCCAGCAGCCCAGAACAGGGCUCCCAAGAGAGGCUUUUCCCAAAAUACAAGAGAAACAUUUUUAAAGAGAAAAAAGCCCUAAAGACUCCUGGCCAAGUGACGUCAGUGUGUGCCCCCUCUAUUUCCUGUAUGAAAUUUUUGUACUCUAUUUUCCUAGCUGUUGGUGCGUCCUUGUUUGCUGAGGGGUGGGAGCGACCCAACGUCUCAGGGACUCGUCCGUCUGUCACCAUCGUCCAAGUGUGCCUUGUGUCCCGUGUCUGGCCCCACCCCAACCACACCACCAGCAUCUCCCUCAUGGCUCACGGGAUGCCCCGGCCUGCCCAGCAGGUGCCCUCAGCUCCUCCCCACAGGGCAGCCUCUCCCAGCGGCCACAGCAUCCUGGGAGAGAGAGACUGCCGGGCCGGUCAGGGCUGCGAGGGCCAUGGGGCUGCUUUCUGUCACCUUGCAGGACAGGCUGUGACCUGGCCCCCCAGUGUUGGCCUCUGCAGUGGCUGGCAGGGACCUGCUGUGCAGCCUGGCUGCCUGGUCGGGGGCCUGCUAACCAGAGAAAGAGGUUCUUACCCAGACCCAGCUUGAACCCUCCUUGCCCCCUGGCCUGGGAGAGGCCUCCCAAUUUCAGGCACUGGCAGCUGUUGGAGAUAGCCAUUCACUCUGGGUGAUCAGGCCUGGGCUUUAGGAGGCUGCUUCUGGCCUUUUGUUCCUGCAGUCCUUGUCCCUGGGGGCCACUCAGCAGUAUUUGGAUGGAGGGUAAAGGGGCUGACCUGCAGCAGUGCCUGCCUUCCUCUCUGGUGCAUUAUAACCCAUUUCCAGAAAGUGGGGAAGAAUUCAUGUUGAUCUUUGGCCACACCACUGGACACCCUUGGGUGUGUGGCCUUCGGAGGCAGGAAAGGGUCCCUGGAAACAGCACUGGCACAAAACCUGCCCUACAGGGGCUCAGGACGACAGGUGGAAAGCAGGCCUGUAACAGGCCAGUGCACGGAGUUGGGAAGACUGGACAUUUUGCUUAUGGCUGCAGAAACCCAGCAUCCACUUCCAGCUGCAAUGGGGGGUCCAGAGUGCCCAGAAGGGGCGUCUCUUGCCUGCCUGAGUAUGCACUGAGUGGUCCUUGGGGGCACUCCAACACCCUCUGAGCAGAGCAGGAACGCCUGUGCUUGAGAGUCUGCUUCAGGGAACACCAACUGCAAGCCCCUGGGAUGGACUGUUUCGAAUUCCUAAAGCAUGAGCCACCUCCCAUCCCCCAGCACCUGGGGGAAGGAGGCUCGGCUCCCACCUCUGGCCCGCAGAACCCUACCUGCGUGACUUUCUCAGUCCAUGGCUCCCAUGUGGGCCUGGAAGUUGGCUACCCAGGGGUGCUGUUGCUCUAAGUGCCCCUCCCUGCCACAGCAGACGUGUGCGGGGUAGUUUUUGGGGCUGGGGUCUGGUGCUAGGAGUUGCUCACACAUCCAUCCCCCAAUGCCUGCUCCCUUACAUUUGCACAGGUUGGCCAUUACUGGUGGCCACAGGGACCCAGAGGGGGCCCUGCUGAGGCCACAUUGGAGACCAGAAUAUUGUCAGUUCUGUAGAAGCAAAUGAGACCAGCACAGGGCCACAGGGUGCCUGCACCCUUUCUCUGCAGGGCCCCCCCAUGCAACCCUGGCACUUAGUGGCUGAGAUCCUGGAACUCCAGGCCCAGCUUGGGGUCCCUGCCCUCACUGGGAGGUGGCCACCACAAGCCAGACCAUCACCACCCUGGUGCAGGCCCGGCUGGCUGGGGAAGCCACAGGAAGGCUUCCUCUCUUCAGAGCCCUGGGUAUGCUCUGCAUGUGCGGUCUCUGAGGCCCGGGACCCAGGCCCACUUUCCUGGACUGAUGCAGCUGUGUGCCCAACUGUGGGCCCUGCCACCCUGUCUGCCCCAGACAAUCCUUGUCUGCUGGGCGGGGCGGCUUCCUCCCCCUCCCAUCCCCUGCCUCUCUCAGGGCCAGCCAGCCUCAGGCUCUGUCCUCACUGCUGUGCACACAGGAAUCUGACCACAGCCGCAUCCAGGGCACCAGGGCAGGUUCAGCAUGGGAGGCUGGGACUGUGCAGGGGGCCUGACUGCUGGCCAGGUGGGGCGCCCCGAGAUCCUUGCUGGAGAGAUAUGGGCCACGCACCUGUCUGUUCACCGGGAGGGACUGUGCUGUAUCGACCGUUCUGUCUUUGUAACAUAAAUACAGAUUUUUAUACCUCA